AUGGGCAUCGGCUUCUUCAUCUUCAUCCUCGCAACUCUUGUGGCUGGCUUCGUGGAAAUAAAGCGGAAGAACGCCGCCGCCGCCGCCCACGGAAUAAGCGACAAGGCAGACACAAUGAUUCCCAUUCCAAUUUUCUGGCUGGUGCCGCCGUACUGCCUACACGGGAUGGUAGAGGCCUUCAUGUCAAUCGGCCACCUGGAGUUCUUCUACGAUCAGGCGCCGGAGAGCAUGAGGAGAACGACGUCGGCGCUAUUCUGGACCGCCAUCUCCACCGGGAAUUACAUGAGCACUCUCUUGGUAUCUUUGGUCCACAAGUUCAGCGCGGGCCCUGGUGGAUCAAACUGGCUUCCGGAUAACAAUUCGAACAAGGGCAAGUUGGAGGACUUUUACUGGGUCAUCACAUUGCUGGAAGUCUUCAACUUUGUUUACUAUCUUUUCUGUGCAAAAUUCUAUACUUUUAAACCAAUUCAGAUCUAGAAGAUGGAAGGUGGUGGUGAACCCAGAAAGGAUGGGACGAUUCAACUUGC